UCCUCCCAGGGAUCUUGUAUCCUAGCAACCGCCCCCCCAACUCCGUCCUUAGUCCCGCCUCCUCGCUCCCUGAGAAGCCAGGUCUCUGAAAGCAGCCAGGCGCAGGCCGAGUAGAGGGGCCAGCCGCUGGGUUCUCGGGUCGCGCGCGGGCUACCCUCCGCAGGAACGCCAGCCAUCAUCAGAGGUUGAAUUAUUCCUAUCAUUCGUUAGCCAUUUUAUAAAGGUAGACAAUUAAAACACGCUAUGUCUGAUGAAGUUUUUAGCACAACUUUGGCAUAUACAAAGAGUCCAAAAGUCACCAAAAGAACUACUUUCCAGGAUGAGCUAAUAAAAGCAAUUACAGCUCGCUCAGCCAGACAGAGAAGUUCUGAAUACUCAGAUGACUUUGACAGUGAUGAGACUGUUUCCUUAGGUGAUUUUUCUGACACCUCAGUAGAUGAAAAUUCAAUUAAGAAAAAAACAAAUAAUUUUCACAUAUCAGAUGAUGAAGAAAACAAUUCUCCAAAACUGUCUUUUUUGAAAACCAAGAAAUCAAGCCAUGAUGUGAGGAAACAUGAGCCAGUAGUCUCUAUCAAAAACGAUGACACUGCACUUGAUGAUGGUGAAGGCAUAGUUGUAAAUUCCUUAUCUGAAUCUCAAAAUGAACAACAGGAAGUUGGAAAAGAGAAAAUUAAAAUGGAAACUAAACCUAGAAUUCUUCCAAUCAAAAGUACACCUUCAGAAAAUAACAGCAGCCUUGAAGCAGACAACCAUUUUAAGCCUUCACCUCGACCAAGGAGCAUGUUGAAAAAGCACAGCCAUGGGGAGAAGAAAGAUAGCUUAGGAGAUGAUAAAGAAACUGUCCCACACGAAGAAUUAGAGGCACAUUCCACACCUUUGUUCCUCCCAAGGCUGAAUGGCAGACAACCAGAAGCUGAGAAGAAUGCAUUCUCUGAAAACCUUGAUCCUGAGGAUCCAUGGUUAACAAGUAUACCAUCAUCAUCUGUUAAAGAAAAUCUUAAAGAUUCCUUUUCACUAGGAUCUGAGGAAAAAGCCUCCAUUACAGUAUAUCAGAAUGAAGAAUGCACUGAAAGCCAUAAUUCCUUGAAAUCAACCAAAAAUGAAAAGACCUCAUUUUUGAUAGACUUUGUCAGUACUGCACUUGAGAAACCCAAGGAAAGUCAAGUGACUGUUGGUGACGUUGGAGAAGAAAAGGAGAAAGCUGAGCUGAUUAUGCAUGAUGGCUUAACAGCUGAAGAGCCACCACCACUACAACUUCAGAGUGUCUUAUGUACUGAGUCUUCAAAGAAAGCAAUUCAAGAUAGAACUAUGAAGAAUAAAAAAUCAACAAAUAAUAGAGCAUCUAGUGCAUCUGGCAGAUUAAUGACCUCUGAGUUCUUAAAGAAGCCUAGUUCUCUAAGGAGGACUCCGUCGACAGCUCCAGCUUCUCACUAUUUAGGGACUUUGAGAAUCUUGGACCAAAAGCCCUCACAGAAACAGAACACAGAACCUGACAGAGCAGAUAACCUAAGGGCAACUGUUUAUCAGGAGUGGUUAGAAAAGAAAAAUAUUUAUUUACAUGAGAUGCACAGAAUUAAAAGAAUUGAAAGUGAAAACUUAAGGAUUCAAAAUGAACAGAAAAGAGCUGCUAAGAGAGAAGAAGCCUUAGCAUCAUUUGAGGCCUGGAAAGCCAUGAAAGAAAAGGAAGCAAAGAAGAUAGCUGCAAAAAAAAGGCUUGAGGAAAAAAACAAAAAGAAAACCGAAGAAGAAAAUGCUAUGAGAAAAGGAGAAGCACUGCAAGCUUUUGAAAAAUGGAAAGCGAAAAAGAUGGAAUACCUUAAGGAGAAAAAUAAAAAAGAGAAAGAAUAUGAAAGAGCAAAGAAACAGAAAGAGGAGGAAACUGUUGCUGAGAAAAGAAAAGAUAACUUAACUGCUGUUGAAAAAUGGAAUGAGAAAAAGGAAAUUUUUUUCAAGGAGAAGGAAAAAGUAAAAAUACAUGAGAAGAGAAAAGAAGAACUGAAAAGAGCUGAGAAAAAAGAAAAAGAUAAACAAGCUCUUGAGGAAUAUGAAAAAUGGCUGCAAGCUGUACUGACUGAAUGGUCUAACAGAAAGAAAUAACCUCUUCUCCUGUAGCAGAAAUAAAGCUGAGUUCUGGGAGCUGAGUGAAUUUACUUUUUGAGGUCCAAAGAGAAGAAUCAAGCCUGGCAAUAUUCUCCUGAAGAUGUUUGUCUAUUUAAGGCAUUUGAUUUCCCUGUAUUUCUUUUAAAAUGAUCAGAUAUCAAUAUCAUUAACAUUUAUUAAGUUUUUCUUAAAAUAUGUGUGUGCUCAAUCGUAUCCAACUCGAUGCAACCCCAGGAGCCCGCCAGACUCCUCUGUCGAUGGUAUUUUCCAGGCAAGAAUACUGGAAUGGGUUGCCAUU